AUGGUUUAUAGCAGUAAGGGUAAAUUAGUCAAAGCCUUGUUGGAUAAGGCAAAAAAUUUAGUAAGGAAAUCAUAUUCAGAAAAUUGGAAUAAAAGGUUGGAUAAAGCAUGGAAAACUUAUUUAGAAUAUUGUGGAGUUACAGGUCAACGUGCUAUUCUGUCGUCGAAGGAUUUUCUCUUGUCAUGUUUGAUUUGGUUAGAUUUAACAGAUGCUGUAUUGGUUUGUUCAAAUAUACUUGCAGCUGUAUCAAGAGAACACCUAGAAAGAUCAUUACCCGACCCAUCAAAGUUAUAUAAUGUUAGGAGGCUCACAGACAUCAGUGACAGCUCUGUGACCAUUGUAGUAAUUGUGGCUCAUGGACUAAAAUAUAGCUCUGUGACUAUUGUAGUAAGCUGUGGCGCAUGGACUGUAGUAGCAGCUCUGUAG